CCCAUUGGCUGGCUGACACCUUGGAUGCUGGAUCCUGGUGACCUCACAAAGGCCUUCAGUUGACCCAGUCUCUGGCUGGAGGGAGUCUUAGGGGCUGCUCCAGUUCGAAGACACCAUGUGUGCAGGGAAGCUGCAGAGUGCUGGAGAGUCAGCUUUUGGAGGGAAGAAGGGGACAGUGACUUUCAGAGCCCCAGGGGCCAGGCAUGGCCCUGAAUCCAGACAAAAGUGCACACCACAGUAAGAGCUCUGACAUGACCCCCAGUCCAAGCAUGGUGCUCUCCCCAACCCUGGGCAUCUCCCUAAGUCCCAGCACCAGUGAGACCCUGGUCCCCAAUCUGGGCAGCCUUCCCAGGUUGGCUUCUACGGCAGCCCUGGCUCCGUUCUUUGGCUUGGCUCCCACCCUCAUGGUGAGCGACGCUGAGAGUGCAAGCUCGGACCUCGCCCUUGUUCCAGCCUCCAUCACGUACCAGAUUCCCACCUCCAGCAAGGCUGUCAGCAUGGGCGCAAACGGUGGCCCCAAUUCUGGCUCCAGCAUCAUCCUCGGCCCAGCUUCCAGCACGAUUCUCAUUCCGGGCCUCAACGAUUCCAGUGAUCCUGGGCCCAACCAGAUCUCCAAACCCCAUUCGAACGCAGCGAUGGCCCCGGGCCCUAGCCCCAGCCUCCUGGCCGGCAAGGAGGCCGACAGCCCCAACCCCAGCUCCACCGUGCUGCUCCAGCCCGCGCUCUCCUCCGCCUUCCUGGUGAGCAGAAGUCCGAGCACCCACCGGGCCCUGGGCCUGAACUCCAACAGCACUCCCAAGUCCAGCUCCACCGGCUUUGACAAGGCGGUCAAACUGAGUCAGAGCCCCAGCCUGACCUCCGGGAAGGCCCUGUGUCUGAGCUUUGAUACCAGCCACCUGAUGGGCCCUGCUGGGACGCACCUGAUGGUCACCGACCCGAGUCCGAACUUCCAGAAGAACCCGGACGUGGAAAGCGUGUCGAGGCCGAGCUCCAACUUGACGCUCUCACCCUUCUCCGGCUUGACCUCCAGUCCCAGCUCGAGGAAGGCCCUGGGGGUAGGGAUGGGCAACGUGUCCAGGUCCAGCUCCAGCGUGGCCCUGACUCCGACCCUGAGCAGGCCUUCCAGUCCGGCCUCCAAAAAGGCCUCCAACGCAGAAACGGACAACUCCAACGGCACGCCGGACUCGGCUGCCAAUACGGAAGCUCUCUCGGACCCCAACGUCUCCAGGCCCAACUCCCUCAUGGCCCUGGCGCCCAUCGCCUGCAUGGCCCUGGUGGUAGACCACAGCCAGGACAAGAAGAACGAUUCGGGCUGCAUGUUGACGGACGCUUCGUGCGUGACCCUGUCAAGUAGCCAGGACAGCCCGGACAACUUCAGCAUCGUCCUGGAGAGCAACAGCAAGACCACAGAGCUCAAAAGGAAGCUGGAAAGCAGCCAGUCCGUGAUGCUCCAAACCCUGUCCAGGUCCACCUCGGAGGACAGCCGCCUUUCUCAGGCCAAAAGUGACGAGAAUAAGAAUGUCCCUGAGAAAAGCCAAGAGCAGUUGGAGCCAGAAGGAGAGACAAAGCAGCUGCUAAGGAAGAUGAUGAAGCAGAUCCAGGAGGAGCCCAUCGAUGUACUCUCCAAUUCCAACCGACAGCAGGCAAUGAUAACCCUGGCCCACCUGAGCCAAAUACCUCCCCGCCUGCACGCCAAGGAGAAGUCGGAGCUGGUGACCGUGUGCGUGCGCAGUGUGUUCUCGUUGCCCUCAGUGCAGACCAUGCAGGAGCAGGACAGUCCCAACGCUGACUUCAUAAAGAUAUUGUAUUCUCAGACCCUGGAUGCUCUUCAGGCAUUGCUGAAGUCUCUCUUCCUAGAAGAUCCUACCCCAGCUAGCCUGACUAGCAUUUUGGAGGUGAGCAGAAGCCUUCGAGAUGGUUCUGGACCUGGCCUUGGACAAGUUAGAGGCAAUGGAUGGACGAGAGAAAAGCCGCUGGGACCCUGGAUAACAUCUGCAAAGGCUCAUGAGAGAGCUAGAGCGGUGAACAACAAUGUGUCCCUGCUGAACUGCACUCUUCAGACUCAGUCUUUCUUUACCAGCCACAUAGAACAUGACUCAAACACCCCUAUGGAGCCUCAAAACAAGGAAAAGUUGAGCAUAGAGCAGAACCGACGGAACUAUUAUUUAGUCCCUGGCUUUCCCAUGUUUGGUCUUCUGCUUGGACGGCUCAUUCUUCGAAUCUGUGACCCAGAUGAAGAGAUUGGCAGUGAAGCCCUGGAUGGUGUCAUCAUCCUUUAUACCAUCCUGGAAUUACAGAAGAGGAACCUGGAUAAGGAAGAAACCAAUGAACUAGAGCUGUACGAGAGCAACAAGCGAUUUCUAGGGCCCUACAACCCCGUCAGCCCUUGCCAAAACAUCUUGAGAGUGAUUGCGGAGUUUGGAGACUUUCUUGGACCCCAACAAGUGAAAGACCUGUUAUUGGCUGCUUUGGAAGGCCUGAGGGAUGACCAAGAAACUCCUACAAAGGACACAGCAGAAAUGAUGCAAUUGGCUUCUGAGGUCACCCUGAGCUCCGUUCUGGAGUGGUAUAGACACAGGGUAUUGGAGGUGAUUCCAGAGAUCAUGAACGGCAUCUAUGUGCAUCUGCAUGGCAUCCAUGAGCCAAGAGCCCGAGAAGUUGCCCUCUUGCCCAUCUCCCUCUUGGCCAGUUCCUUCAUGACUGAGGUGGUCAUUGCUCUGCUCAUGUGUCCCCUCCCACUGGACAGCAAUGGGGCAGAGAUGUGGAGGCAAUUAAUUCUUCGAAAACCCAGUUGUGAUAUCCGGGACCUUCUGGAGCUACUCCUGACCAGUCUGAAAGAGAAACCUGUCACUAACAAAGGCCGGGCCUCCAUUGUACCCCUGGCGGCAGCCAGUGGUCUGUGUGAGCUCCUCUCUGUCAACAGCUGUGUGACUCGAGUGAGGCGUAUCUACCCCCAGUUACUCCUUGCCCUGUUGGUCCAGGUCCAUUACCACAUUGGCCUGAACUUGCCUGGCCAAGGCUCUUGCUUCAGGAAUAGCCUAAGCGCCACCUUUAUGCCUGUCCGGUGGGUGGUGAAGGUGGUCAAGACCCUCUUGUUGAAGAUGGGUUGUUCUUAUGAAGCUACCCUGCUGGAGAGCCAAGGAGGCUGGGAGCUCAUGGGCCAGGCGGAGCAUCACCACCGGGGUGUAUCUCUGCUGGCCAGGGCCAUGGUGCAUUAUUCCUGCCAAGAACUCUGUCGCAUGCUUUACCUGCUGAUUCCACUCCUGGAGAGAGGGGACGAGAAGCACAAGAUCACUGCCACCGCCUUCUUUGUGGAGCUCCUUCGCAUGGAGCAGGUGAAGCGGAUUCCAGAGGAGUACUCCCUGGGCCGAAUGUCUGAGGGCCUGAGUAGUGAAGACCCCAUCAUGAAGGUGCUCUGUAUCAGGGGUCUGGUCAUCUUGGCCCAUAGAACAGAAAAGGUGAGAAAACUGAAGACUAAAGAGAUUAAGGUCCCAUCAUCAUCGUCAUCAGACUCAAGUCCAAACACAGAACAAAUAAGUAGUAACAAAAUCCAGGCUCUUCUGCCCUCUAUGAUGAAAGGCCUGCAGUGGGUAGAUGGCUUAUUGGCCGUGGAGGCAGUCAGCAACGUCAAAACCAUCCUGAGAUCUCAGGACAAGAAGUCAAGUGACAUCUCCAUUUACCUGGACAUUCUGCAGGUUCUCCAGCCUCACUUUGAUGAUAAUAGAGAAGAGGUGCGCUUGGCGGCCAUCACCCUCUUUGGUAAGGUGGUUCAGCUACUGCGAAGCCCCUGCACACCCCUCACAGAGCAGCAGUUGGUGAAUAGCCUGGUACCCCUGAUCCUGCAACUUCAGGAAGGGAAUCCUGUCGUGGGGAAGAGAUGUAAGAAGACUUUGUCCUACUGCUGCUACCACAUGGCAUGGGUUCUGCCAAAAAUGAUGUAUAGCAAAAAGCCAUGGGACCCCAGUCAGCAGAGUGUGGCCAAGAUCUGCAAGUAUUUGGUGAACACCCACCGUGACAGUGCUUUAGUGUUCCUGACCCAGAGCCUGGAAUAUACCAAAAGUCCUCGGGCUGCCCUCCGGAGGAGUGCAGUCACAUUUAUAGGGUCCCUGGUACCCUGCAUGGAAGGCAUGCUGACUGAAGAACUCCUAAGUGAAGUGAAGUCGGCCCUGGAGGCCUUGAGACACGACCCAGAAGCGUCAGUGUGCAUCUUUGCAGCUCAAGCCCAGGAUCACAUCCUGGCAAGUUGCUGGAGGAAUUCCUGGCCCCUUCCCCGGGGCGACUCUUGGGUCUGUGACCCGGCCUCCACACAUCGGUGGAACUCCAGCAAAGAGAACCUCCCUGUUGCUCAUCACCGCAGGUCCUGGAUCGUGGAGUCGCUGAGGGCCUGGAAGAAGACUUUAAAAUAGCAAUACCCCACCCUGUGCUCCCGGCAGCUGCCCAGACUGCCCAGCGGCACUAUAAAUGCUAGAUUGGUUA